AAUAAAUUAAAGCAAUGUUCAACAAAAAUACAAGGAUAGUUCAGACUCUUUCUUCCUCUAUCUCUUUAAAUAAUAGUUAAUAGUAAUAUAAUCCCUAUUAUAUUUAUCUAUCCUCUAUAAAUAUUAUUAUGUAUUUACAUUAAAAAUAGACAUAAUAUUUAUAGUUGAAUUGAACAUCAAUAGAUGGCAUCAGCAUACGAAUCAGAUUUUUGUACUCAUCAUUAUGUGUUAUUAUUGCUAUCAGCUCUUUAUAAUAAAACUCCCUGCAUGAAAUUUCUGAGUCAAAGAAAAACUCUGCAUGGAGUUUCAGUUUAUCAGUAGAUUAAGCAACUUUGUGUUGGUUUUGUUCAGUUUUCAUUAAGAGAUGAUCUUAAUGUUGACCUUUUCUUCGUGUUUGCCAAAAAUUACCAAAUUAAAGUUAACUUUUCCAAUUGCUUUUGUUUCUUUAGAUAAAUCUUCAACUUGUGUUUAUCAAUUUCAAUUGUGCCAAUUUGUUCAUUUAUUUUAGUUCAGUGCUUAAAGUUAUCAAUCUUUUAAUUCAAGUAAACUAUCAAUUGCUUUUGUUCCAGGAAUUUAGUGCAAUAUGGACCAAAUCUAUCUAUUAGAUACACUUUUUCCUGCUAAUUUCAAUUUUCUCAACAAUGAAAAUCACUUCACCUGUCUUGAUUUCACACAAUGAUUAAUUUAAGUUUACAUCAAGUGUUUUCCUGUAAUCAUGAGAAAGUGUUACAGAUUGUUUCUAGAAAUAUUGAAAGUGUUAAAAGUUCAAUUGACUGUCCAGCCAUUUUUAAACACAUAACCAACAGCUAUUGUAAUUUUUGACGAUAAAUAAUAGUCAUGAAAUUCCCAAUGUUAGCCGAGGUCCUGAUGUACUUUAUGUAUUCGAGUAUAUGUGUUAUAGCAAUUACUGGAAAUGCAAUUGUUUGUUUUAUCGUCAUUGCCUAUCGGCGGAUGCAAUCGGUUACCAAUUAUUUUAUUGUCAAUUUAGCUUUAAGUGACAUUUUGAUGGCUUCACUGUGCAUACCAUUUACCUUUGUGUCCAACCUUAUACUUCAACAUUGGCCUUUUGGUGCUUUCAUGUGUGUUUUGGUCUCUUAUUCACAAGCAGUUUCAGUUUUUAUCUCUGCUUAUACACUUAUAGCGCUCUCUCUUGAUCGUUACAUUGCCAUUUUGUACCCAUUACGGCCUAAAAUGACUCGAUUCCAAGCUAAAUUAAUUAUAGCCUGUGUUUGGAUUGUGGCCUUGAUAACACCUUUACCAACAGCUAUUGUCUCAAAGCUUGUUCAACCGGCAGUUUGGGUUGAAAGUGGCAUCACUGACCGAUACACAUGUACAGAGGAUUUUGCCAAUCAAACCUACCGCCAAGUUUACAGUUUAGCUUUAAUGAUUUUACAGUAUUUUUUCCCGUUUGUUGUCCUUUUGUACACUUAUACACGAAUCGCAAUUGCUGUUUGGGGUAAAACAACUCCAGGAGAGGCAGAAGAUGCCCGUGAUAAAAGGUUGGCAGCAUCCAAACGAAAAAUGAUCAAGAUGAUGAUUACUUGUGUAACAGCAUUUACAUUAUGUUGGCUGCCAUUCAAUACUUUUAUCGUUGUUGGUGACAAUCACCCGGAAAUAUUUUCAUACUCUUAUAUAAUUUACAUUUGGUUUGCCUGUCAUUGGUUGGCCAUGUCCCAUGCUUGCUGUAAUCCGAUAAUCUAUUGUUGGAUGAACACUCGAUUUCGUGAAGGAUUCAAGUAUAUCUUCAGAUUUUUACCCUUCAUCAAAAAACCGUGUAAACCUGAUUUCAUGAUUUCAUCUUCAGCUCAAUCCUCACAGGGAGCAACACUUAGAUGUUAUAUUGGAUCUCGGAUCAAGAAUGGUAAUUUAGGAAAAGCUCAAGCUCAUCUUCAAGAAGUAACAUCUGUUGAAGAGAUUCCCCUUGAAACGAAAUGAUUCAAGUGAUUAAAAAUGUUACCAAAUUGGAAGCCAAAUUAACAUUGAAAAGUAAAGGCCAAAAAAAGAUGUUGAAGGAACCAGAAUGAUAUUAGACAUUAAUACACUUUAAACCAGUCAACAUCCUCGUUUUUUUGAUGUGGUUUUUUUCAUUAUUUUUUGCUUGCAACAUUUAUUUUGUUUUGGGAAUUCCAUCAGCAUGAAAAUUGUGACAAUUCAUGAACAAAAGCAAUGGGAAUGAGGAGCAAAGAAGAAGAAAAAGAAGGAAUCACAAGCAGAAUUUAAACAUUCAGAUAAUUACUCGAGUAGCUUACAAUUGGAAGGCAAAGUUGAAUUCAUAAAGUCGUCACUGGAAAGCUUUUAUACUAGACUUUGUUAACAAAAAACAAGCCAACAUUUGUAUCAACAUCUUGGUCACGCCAUACCCAUCAUCAUUAUCAUCAUCAUCAACACAAUCAGAGAAAAUAAUAAUAAAAUUAAUGAUAAAGUGAUCAGCAGUGUCAUGUACUUCAACAACUGGAUGAACAUCGCACAAGAUUGACAGUAUUUUCCUUCCCCUAAAUGUUGAGGAUAACAAAUGUGUAUCCUUACUUGGAUGAGCAAAAAAAUAAAGAUGAAAUUAUGGCUAAAAAUUGUCAAAAGCAAACAUCAGAUGAUCAUUUUUGUUCCCCAUUGAUACAACAUUGAUAUCUUAUUGUCAAACAAAACUGAUGUGUAUAACAACAAUAACAAAAGGUUUGCCAGUGAAACAAUACCAUUCAAUACAUAUUGCAUGUAAAGACUAAAGCCAAAAAACCAGUUUUCAGUUGAACCUAAAAGAAUUGAAAAAGAAUCAACAAAAUUUUUAUUCAACGAUGAUGGAGAUGAAAUCCAAGAUAAACCAUGGGCGAAUCAUUAAGGAAAUGUUUCCAUUUUGUUUACCAACAAUUUUUUUUUGCUUUCAAUUUAACAGUUAUAUUUGGGUUCUAAUCACCAGACUUGAAGCUAUUUACAAUCAGAUUGGUAAACAAAAUGAACACAAACGAAGCCCAAUCACUUCAAUCAGCUCACAGUUAAACAAUCAAUCCAUUGCCUGGGCUUGUAAUCAAAUCUAGUUUAUUUUGCUCAGAACUGAUCAAUCAAGAUUAAAUUGCUGCCAUUGAAAAACUAGUUACAAGUUCACCAUUCAAAUUAGUGAUUUAGAUCAUUACAAGCAUAUUGUAUUUCAAUCAUAAUUUCAUCAUUAAAUUGUAAGUUUGCAUUUA